UUGACGUCACGCAACCUUGGUAGUGACCUAGUAUGACCUUUCACCUAGGGUGCAACAGACCUCAAUGUGGUGACAGGCUCUACAGCAGUCCAUUUCGUCUGUGACAAGACAGCUCAAGUUCUGUGCCAGUCACUCUGGUUUGGACUAAGAAAUUUCAUGUAUUUUCAAAAGGUUUCAAACCAGUUGCGUAGGGUACAACUAUUUGUACCACCAGGGCAAAGGUAAGAAGUACUGAAACAGUACACGCCCCCUGCCCCCCUCCCCAUGUUCGAACAUGGCGAACCAGAUUCAGAAUCUGUCCUUUCGUCUCGCUACGCACGAAGAUUAUGAUGCUGUAAUUCGCAUGUCUUACGGCAUAUACGGUGACACAGACUACCUGCCUGCGUUCUUUCACUCCUUCGUUGAUGACGCCGACACCAAGAUUUUCCUGGCGAUAGUCGGAAAAGAAGUGGUAGGACUUCUGAUGGCAACAAUCACAGAGGGUGGAAGGGCCUACUUUAGCACGUCCGGAAGAGUUGCUCCGGCCUGGAGAAAGAAGGGAAUCAUCUGGAAGUUGGAGAAAUUCCAAGACGCCUGGAUCCGACUGAAUCGCCCCACAGCCAGGUUUAAACGGGCCACGGCGUCUAUAUCUCUGGUCGACAUGAUAAAGAACAAAGGGCAUAAAGGCAUGCAAGAGGUUUUCAGAAUGCCUUACGUACAGUACAAGGGUGGACCAAAUCUCUGGUGGCGACAGGACCCUGCUCAGCUGGCUCAACUGGAGCCGACCGGCUUACCGGACGUCGUGCUUCUACAGGACGCAGACGACGACUUCUGUACGGCCGUACAGAAAUGGUUUCCCGCCGGGGCUUGUGGCGGCUACGACGGCAAACCCAUCAUACUGGUUGACUGGGACCCAUACACCCUAAGUCCCGCUAACUUAAAGCUUCUACAAGCAGAAAACAAAAUCUACACGCUGAAUCACGAAGGAGAAACAAGCUUGAGUAUUUCCAAUACUUACCCCACUGCUGCAGUUAGAAUGGUGUCCAUUCAAAUCUACGCUAUGAAUAUCUUAACAGCACAAAAUCACCUACUUAAACACCUACAAGAUGUGAGUCGAAGCUACAAGAACGACGAGUUGCAUCUGAGUGUUUUUGUUGGUCUUGCUGAACUUGAGAGUUCACUUCACAUGUUUUGUAGAGACACUUUGCAGAUGGAAAACCAGUUGGAUACAAAGGGUCGAGUUAUCAUGUACGAAGCUGACAUGUUAGCCAGCCACUUGUAAGAUGGGUAGACUGUAGCGCCCCCCGUCUAUGGUAAUGAUAUAGAUAGUUAAAUGGUGUAUAAAUUGUUGCAAAUGGAAAACCAGUUGGACACGGAGGGUCGAGUUAUCAUGUA